UCAACUUCCGGGGCGACAGUCCUAGCUUCAUGUUGGCAACUUUGAGUUUAGAUUUACAAAAACAUGGACAGAAUACAUAUGCCCCCUGUGGGUCCCAUGGACCUGCCUCUGUCCCUGCUGGAGAUGGGAUGCUCUGGCAGGUUUGAACUCAUCACACACCCAGUUCCUGACCAGCCUUUGCCUCCUCAGAGCACGCUUCCUCAUGGACUUCCUCCCACCAGCCUUAACCUGGAGACUGAAGUAGAGAAACAGUUUUUACGAGAUCCUGCCUGGCUUCCCAUUCAUGACACAGACUUCGCCUUUCAGAGGUUUCUCAAAGUGUCACAAAGGACGGUUGAUGUUGACUCUCUGCUCUCCUGCACCCCGUCUCCACUCCACUCUGGGCUUUCGGUGGUCAGAGAUCCAACAACAGGGAUGCUGUUGGAUUUCACAGAGGUUUUGUUGGAAAACACUGAUCUGUCAGCGAAAAACUCGCUGUCGCUGCAGCGUCAGCCUGGUCCUCCGUCAGAAAGUCUCAGAGGAAGCAACACGAAUUACCCCUUCCUCCCCGGAGGAAUGGAGGAACUGACUCUGGAGCAGAUUAAAAAGAAAUCCGAGCUGGAGAAGGAAAUCGACUUUCACAAUGAUAUAAUGAAGGUGCCCCCUGGAUUCAAAGCUGGGAUGGAUUUUACCAGCAAAGAUGCCAAAAUAGCAAGGGCGGAGGUGAACCUCAUGUCUCUUCUGUCCACGCUGGAGGAGAUUUCGGACCUGCAGCCCGAGGCAGAGGAGAAGGAUGAAGGCAAACAAAGUCAGGAAGUUGUCAAACUCCCAAGAACGAACAGCCUUGAAGAUUUAGACAUCAAGGAUGCUGCGUUGUCCACCGCUGACACGGGAAAAGAAGAAAAGUCGAAGCCGAGCGAAAACCCAGAGGAAAAAAGGAAAUGGGCCAUUCCUGUGGACAUAACGUCACCCUGUGAAGAUUUCUACAAACGCAUCCCGAACCCGGCGUUUAAGUGGCCCUUUGAGCUGGACACCUUCCAGAAGCAGGCGGUGCUGAGGCUGGAGGCUCACGACUCUGUGUUCGUCGCUGCGCACACGUCGGCCGGGAAAACGGUGGUGGCCGAGUACGCCAUCGCGCUGUCACAGAAGCACAUGACAAGGACCAUCUACACAUCUCCCAUCAAGGCUCUGUCCAAUCAGAAGUUCAGGGACUUUAAAGCCACCUUCGGGGACGUUGGACUCCUGACGGGGGACGUCCAGCUCAGUCCUGAGUCUUCUUGUCUCAUCAUGACCACGGAGAUCCUCCGGUCGAUGCUCUACAACGGCUCAGAGGUCAUCAGGGACCUGGAGUGGGUGAUCUUCGAUGAGGUCCACUACAUCAACGACGCAGAUAGGGGGGUCGUCUGGGAGGAGGUGUUGAUUAUGCUUCCCGACCACGUCAGCAUCAUUCUCCUGAGCGCCACCGUGCCCAACGCCUUGGAGUUCAGCGAGUGGAUCGGUCGUAUCAAGAAGAGGCACAUUUACGUGAUCAGCACCAUGAAGAGGCCCGUCCCUUUGGAGCAUCACCUGUACACCGGAAACAGCACCAAGACCCAGAAGGAGAUGUUCCUGCUGGUGGACGCUGCAGGAAACUUCCUCACCAAAGGGUACUACGCCGCAGUCGAUGCCAAGAAGGAGCGCACCAGCAAACACGCUCAGUCAUUCGGCGCUAAAAACACUUCUCAGAACACCUCGGCCAGUCAGGACCGAGCGGUGUGGCUCGCCCUCCUGCACUUCCUGUCCCAGCGGCAGCAGACCCCGGUGGUGGCGUUUACUUUCUCUCGGGCGCGGUGCGAUGAGAACGCCCGCUCGCUGGACUCCAUGGACCUCACCACCUCCAUAGAGAAGGCCGAGAUUCACUCGUUCUUCCAGAAGAGCCUCAGUCGCCUCCGAGGAGGAGACCGGCAGCUGCCACAGAUUCUGCUCAUGCGGGACCUUCUGAAACGAGGCAUCGCCGUUCAUCACAGCGGGAUCCUGCCCAUCCUGAAGGAGGUCAUCGAGAUGCUUUUCUCCCGAGGUCUCGUGAAGGUGUUGUUCGCCACGGAAACGUUUGCGAUGGGGGUGAACAUGCCCGCCAGGACGGUGGUGUUUGACAACAUCAGGAAGCACGACGGCACCGGCUUCAGAAACCUGUUGCCAGGCGAAUAUAUUCAGAUGGCGGGCCGAGCGGGAAGGAGAGGUCUGGACGCCACCGGCACGGUCAUCAUUUUGUGUAAAUCCGGCGUUCAUGAGAUGGCAGAUCUGCACGCCAUGAUGAUGGGCAAACCGACCGUCCUCCAGUCCCAGUUCAGGCUGACCUACACCAUGAUCCUGAACCUGCUGCGGGUCGAAGCGCUCAGAGUGACCGACAUGAUGAGGAGGAGCUUCUCAGAGAGCCACAGAGACACUCAGGCACAAGAGAAGAGGAUCAGCCAGCUGAAGCAGACGCUGGCAUCUCUUCCUGCUCUGGACACCGAGGGCCAGCUGUCGGACAUUUUACCAUAUUACCUCACCGUGACCGAGCUGAGGAACACCACAGAGGCCCUCCAGCGAGCCAUCCUGGAGUCUGUGAACGGACUGAAAGCUCUGUCUGUUGGUCGAGUCGUCGUCGUCAACAACAAGCAGCACCUGAACGCGCUGGGAGUUAUCCUGCAGGUGUCCAGCGACGCAGUGAAUCGCACCUUUACAGCCCUGGUUAUCUGUGAGAAAGGUAACGAGGAGGGAGACGGAAAAGGAAACGACACCGCGGCUUUCGUGCACCUCCAAAACACGGCUCUGUUCAUCCCUGAAGGUUCAUGCAGCCACACGGUGCAGAAACUGAAACUUCAGGAUAUCUCAGCCAUCACGGUGAAAACCCUCAAAGUGAUUCCUGACAGGAUCAUCGAUAACUACAACAAGAGGCAGCAGCCGCGGUUCAGGAAUGACCCCCCAGGCCAGGCCAUUUCCACAGCGACGCAGGAGCUCCUUCGAUUGGCCGAGGCGAACCCAGGCGGCGUGGCGACCCUCGACCCCGUGAACGACCUCCAGCUGAAGAGCGUCGACGUGGUGGAGGGAUGUAUGAGGCUCCGAGCGCUGCAGGAGAGCCUGAGGGCUUUCAGCUGCAUCCACUCGCCCACAUUCGCCGAGCAGUUUGCUCGUAUUAAAGACAGGAUGGGUGUUCAGGAGGAGUUGGACCGGCUGCUGUUCCUUGUGUCGGAUCAGUCUCUGACUCUGCUGCCUGAGUACCACCAGAGGAUCAAGGUGCUCCGGUCGCUCCAGUACGUGGACGGCGGCGGCGCCGUGCAGCUGAAGGGCCGGGUGGCCUGUCAGAUCAGCAGCCACGAGCUGCUGCUGACCGAGCUGCUGUUCGAGAACGUCCUGAGCCCGCUGGCGCCCGAAGAGAGCGCCGCCCUGCUGUCCUGCCUGGUCUUCGCCCAGAACACGCAGGUGGAGCCGCACCUCACCAGCACGCUGAAGGAGGGCAUCGAUCGGGUUCUGUCGGUGGCCAAGAGGAUUGGAGAGCUGCAGCGGGAGUGUGGGUUACCUCAGACGGCCGAAGAGUUUGUGGGCCAGCUGAAGUUCGGCCUGACUGAGGUGGUGUACUGCUGGGCCAGAGGCAUGCCGUUUGCUGAGAUCGCCCAGCUCACAGACGUCCAGGAGGGGACGGUGGUCCGCUGCAUCCAGCGGCUGGACGAGGUGCUGAAGGAGGUGCGACAGGCCGCCCGCAUCGUGGGAGACUCUGUCCUGGGGAGUAAGAUGGAGCGGGCCUCGCUGGCCAUCCGCAGGGACAUCGUCUUCACCGCCUCCCUCUACACCCACUGAGAGGUUCACACCGUGAGGACGUGAAGACAUGUGGACAUGUUUAGAUCUUCUGGUGCCUAAAGUCACGUUUACGUCUUGAUUUUAACUAACAGACCAAAGUACGGACUGUGAGGACAUUUACUGUAAAUUUUUGCACAUUAAUAAAAUCUGUUCUGCUGCAGGAAA